UAUGUCAAAAUAAAAAUGGCUGCCCCCAGUGGCAGUGCAACGAACACGAGCUUCCAGAAGAAAAGCAGGGGAAAAGUUGCCCAAUUACCAGGAGCUCGUCCGUCUUUACAAAAUGGACAGCUUCUCAUUUCAACUGGGGUCCCAUCCCUGGAUUUUGUAGUUGGUGGAGGUUUGGCUGUGGGUUCAGUUCUUCUAAUUGAGGCAGAUACUUAUGGUCACUACGCCCAGCUGUUGCUUCGAUACUUUCUGGCGGAAGGAGUGAUGAAUGGUCAUGCGAUGUUCUUAGGCAGUGCCGACGAACGACCACAAACAAUACUAAAGAAUCUACCGUGUCCUGUCGAAGACGAUCCAAUCAAAAAGGCAGCUCAGACAAUCAAGAACAAUGAGGGCGCUACAUAUAGCUCAGAGGACAGGAUGAAAAUAGCCUGGCGAUAUGAACAUCUUCCAAAACACCAGUCAACCCCUUCCACACAUCGCUUCGGCCAUUUUUAUGACCUGAGUAAACCGAUGCCAACAGAGAGACUUUCCGACGUCCCAUGUCAGUGUUUUCAUCUUCAAGAAAAGAAUAGUAGUCACCGUGGCUCACCUUAUCAAAGAUUAUUCCAACAAAUCGAGAAGCAAGUAAUGGAGGGAGGAUUUAACUUAUUGGAAAGACAGACAAAAGACCGGAAUAUCCUGCGGAUAGCCAUUGACUCUCUGGGGUCGCCGUUGUGGGGGGAGGAGCAAGCUGUCAAUCAACAUGAUAGACACCAAGGGGCGGAGCUAUGUCAGUUCUUACACGCCCUACGUGCUUUGUUGAGGAAUUCUCUGGCUGUGUGUGUCGUCACGAUGCCAACACAUUUAUUCCCUGAUGCAGCAGUCGUCAGGCGGAUACAGAGAAUGUGUGAUACGGCAAUCGGACUCGAGUCCUUCGCUGGCGCAGAGAAAGAGAAAAAUCCGGUGUUCAAGGAGUAUCAUGGUUUAUUUCAUAUUCGCCAGCUGCCAAGAUUAAAUUCGCUGUGCGGUCACAUGCCUGAUACCAUGGAUCUUGCCUUUAAGUUGAAGAGGAAAAAGCUGACUAUUGAGAAGCUGCAUUUACCACCGGAGCUACCGGAAACAAUGAGCCGAACUCAAGACCCCGUACCGAGUGCAAUAGCGCCCUCUAUUGGUUGUGGAUCAGUAGGCGGAACAAGCAAGCUAGAUUUCUGAGAUUGCUGUGUCAAAGCAAAAGCAAUUCACCUUUGACCUUUAUCCAGACAUUUUACCUAACCCCAUCGCAAACCUAAACCAUAUCCCUAAUGCCAAACCUUAAGCAUAAAAGCAAACUUAAUCUAUGAGCAAGUUGGAUCAAGGUACUAAACGUUGACUAUUGGCGACCAUUGGGCGAUUUUGCCUGGUACCCAGGAUGUAUAUCAUGCAUAGGUAACCAUGGAACAUUGACUAGUGGUUGAAAAUGGUCGCUGAUCAAACUUGGUCAAUACUAGCCAAUAACCCCAUGGAAAGAAGACAAGGAAGGAAGUUUCAGUUUAAGAUGUUUGAAGAUAACCCCUGACAAUUAUUCUAAGGGAACCCCACUCAGACUGGUAAGGACUGAAAACUCAAUUCACUUCGUGCCCCGGCGUGAUUCGAACCGUGGUCCCAGAGGUGGAAGGCGAAGAAGAAUACCACUAAGCCAACCCUCCAACCCUACAUACAAUAAUAAACAAAGGAAAAUGUGGAUUAAAGGCAGUGGACACUAUUGGUAAUUGUCAAAGACUAGCCUUCA